UGCAAACAUUGACUGCAACGGCGACUUAAACCGACUAUUCCACCGCUUGUCCGCUGUCAAAAAAGCUUGGAACACCGAACACCUCAACCACCUCUCACUAUCUCUUCGAUCAAAAUUUCAUUUGCUUUUUGCCCAGGCUCUUCAGUUCUGGAAUCAAAUCCUCCAUGGCAGUGGUCUCAGGAACCGCAGAGGGGAUCGAUCCACUGCAAAUGGAGCCCUCUGCUUCAAAAUCUACUUCUGAAUUGCCCACCACAUCGUCUUCCUCAUCUCUCUCAUCCGCUGCCGACACUCCUGAUCUCACUGACCCAUCCAAUUCUUCUCCAAACCCUAACCGCGACGGCGAUAUUCAGCCAUUGGCAUUAUUGAGGAGUGAAGAGUAUCGACAACUUUUCCGUCUUCCAUCUGAGGAAGCGCUUGUACAGGACUUUAAUUGUGCGUUCCAAGAAAGUAUUCUUCUUCAGGGGCACAUGUAUCUUUUUACACAUUAUAUUUGUUUUUACUCCAACAUAUUUGGAUUUGAGACAAAGAAAAUAAUUCCCUUCAUUGAAAUUACAAGUGUGAAAAGGGCCAAGACAGCUGGAAUAUUCCCUAAUGCAAUAGAAAUUUUUGCCGGAGGAAGAAAGUACUUCUUUGCGUCAUUCCUAUCCCGUGAUGAAGCUUUCAAACUCAUCAAUGAUGGGUGGUUGCAGCAUUGCAAUGGUGCCAAAGCAAUAACAGAACAUCAGGAAUCAAUAUCUGGAUCUAAUUGCCAAGAUAAUGGACUUGUUGCAAUUGAAAAGGUGGAUAGCUUCAAAGAAAUCAAUGAAUUGGAUUCCAGUGCCAGGGAUAUGGAUGCUCCUCCUUCAAAUGACUAUCAGCUUUCACCCCCUUCCCUUGUUGAGAAUGACAGAGUCUCGGUAACACUUACAGAGAUGCAAGAUACUGUGGAACAGGAUGUUGAACCAGUUGGAUGCAUAGAGACUUCUUCUUCAGUGAAAACUUGGACAUGGAAUGAGGAAGAAACUGAUGCACCUGAGAUUCAAAAAUCUUAUACAAGAGUAGGGGAAACAAAAUUUCCGAUAAAGGUAGAGGAGUUUUUUAGCUUGUUCUUUUCAGAUGAUGCUAUAAAUUUUGUUGAAUCUUUCCAUAAGAGAUGUGGAGAUAAAGAAUUCAGGUGCUCUUUGUGGUGCCCACUGGAGAAGUCCGGGCAUACUCGUGAUGUGUCAUUUCAACAUCCUAUAAAACUUUAUUUUGGUGCAAAAUUUGGCAGCUGCCAGGAAGUUCAGAAAUUUCAAAUAUAUAAGAACAGCCAUUUGGUUAUUGAGACAUCACAAGAAAUCAGUGACGUACCUUAUGGAGAUUAUUUUCGCGUUCAGGGGCUAUGGGACGUAGCUAAAGAUGGUCAUGGUUCAAAUGAAGGCUGUAUUCUGCAGAUACAUGUGGAUGUGGCAUUCAGCAAGAGAACUGUUUUCAAAGGGAAAAUAGUGCAAUCUACCUUGGAAGAGUGUCGGGAAGCUUAUGCAGUGUGGAUAAAUACGGCACAUGAACUGUUGAAGCAGAAGAACCUUGAAAGACGAGAAGAAGUUCCCUAUACUAGGGUGAUUCAGAAUGGGGAAGUGAAUUUGGAAAGAGAAGUGAAGACUGUGGAAGCCUCGGAAAGGUCAGCAAGCCAGUUAAAUGAGCAUGGAAGGAGGACAGCUGUGUCUGGUUCGUUGGAUGUUAAGGAAGGGUUUGGUAACCUCGUGCGACGAAACUUCAUGAAUGCUACAUCAGUUGCAUCUCUGUUAGGAGAAUAUGUGACAAAAUUCUGUACAUAUUUGAAAAGUCAGAGCCAAAUUACCCUGAUCUUAGUUGUUGCAUUUGCCGUUAUCUUCCUGAUGCAGGUGAGCAUAGUUGUCUUAUUGAACAGACCGCAAAAUGUAAAUGUGGGUCCGCCGGGACAGUAUUAUAUAGGUGGCAUGGGUGGUGGAAUAGGCGGAAGACCAGCUGAAGAUGUGGCUUGGUUGGAGAAGCGGAUGCACCACCUCAAGGGUGAGAUGUAUAUGGUUGAGGCGCAACUGGAAAGGUUGCGGCAUGAGCACAAUUGGUUGAAAGUCCAGUUGGAAGACCUAGAUGGUCUUAGAAAGCGUAAAUAACCAAAUUUGUACAGAUCGCAAUUUCUUGUUUUUUCUUUUUCAUUUUUUUUUUUACCCGUGAAAUUUUUCUGGUUCUAUAUUUGGACAGUUUUACAGUAAAUAAAUGACAUCAGGAGUCCAACAAUCUCUCUCUCAUUUGAUAUAUAUAUAUAUAUAUAUACAGAGAGUGAGAAACUCUGUCAAAUUUGAUGAUGAAGUCGCAGUCUAUGAUGACCCUAGUGCUGAUUGAAUUAAAAUUCAUUGAUUCAGAUGUUUAUU